AUGGCGCCCUCAUCCCCCGCAGAGUCCCUAUCGAGGGAAUCCUCAGUAUCAUCCGAUGCCUCCGCUGACGGCGGUAUUGCGCUAGACCAAACGCGCGCCCCCAAGCGCCGCCGCCUCUCUGAGUCUUCAAACGACUCCUACACCGCAGCACCCGCACCGCUACCACUUCCCACGCUUUCACGAAUUAAGAAAAAGUCCACAACAACCAGUGCAGCAUCCAGCGGGAAAGACGACGAAAACCCUGUAUUGAUUAAGGAUGCGCUGGAAAUCGGUCUCAAUGCCGAGGAGUCAUCGUUCAAGGCGCUGAAUGUUGCGCCUUGGUUGAUCGGCUCGUUGACGACGAUGGCGGUGCGCAAGCCGACUGCUAUUCAGCGGGCUUGUAUUCCGGAGAUUCUGAAGGGGAGGGACUGUAUUGGUGGGAGUCGAACGGGUUCCGGAAAGACAAUUGCCUUCUCAGUCCCGAUUCUGCAAAAGUGGGCGGAGGACCCGUUUGGGAUUUUUGCGGUGAUUCUGACGCCGACUCGUGAACUUGCGCUGCAAAUCUUUGAACAAAUCAAGGCCAUCUCCGCCCCCCAGAGCAUGAAGCCCGUCCUCAUCACCGGCGGUACAGACAUGCGCUCGCAGGCCCUGGAGCUCGCGCGGCGACCCCACGUCGUCGUAGCCACACCCGGCCGUCUAGCAGACCACAUAAACACUUCCGGCGCCGACACAGUAGCAGGCCUCAAGCGCGUGCGCAUGGUCGUUCUCGACGAAGCAGACCGCCUCCUCUCCCCUGGGCCAGGAAGCAUGCUACCAGACGUCGAAACCUGCCUCUCUUCCCUCCCUCCCUCCUCCCAGCGUCAGACUCUCCUCUUCACCGCAACCCUGACCCCCGAAGUACGCGCCCUGAAAUCCAUGCCCCAGUCCUCCGGCAAACCACCCAUCUUCGUCACGGAGAUCUCCACCGAAGCAAAAGAUACCGUCCCGCCAACCCUAAAAACAUCAUACGUCCAGGUCCCCCUCACCCACCGCGAAGCCUUCCUGCACGCCCUCCUCUCCACCGAAAACAACGCAUCCAAAAAUGCAAUCGUCUUCACAAACACCACCAAAUCCGCUGACCUCCUCGAACGUCUCCUCCGCUCGCUCGGCCACAGAGUCACAUCCCUACACUCAAACCUCCCACAAAGCGAGCGAAACUCGAAUCUCGCACGCUUCCGCGCCAGUGCGGCGCGCGUUCUCGUCGCCACGGACGUCGCAUCCCGUGGUCUUGAUAUCCCGUCCGUGAAUCUGGUUGUGAAUUACGAGGUACCGCGAAACCCAGACGACUAUGUGCACCGUGUUGGACGAACGGCGCGUGCGGGGCGCUCGGGUGAGGCGGUUACGCUGGUUGGACAGCGUGAUGUACAGCUUGUGCUUGCGAUUGAGGAGCGGGUCGGACGGAAGAUGGUGGAGUUUGAGGAGGAGGGGGUGAAUCUUGAGGCUCGUGUCGCGAAGGGCACGUUGUUGAAGGAGGUUGGGGCGGCGAAGAGGGAGGCCAUGGUGGAUAUUGAUGAGGGGAGGGAUAUUUUGGGACGCAAGAGGAAUAAGUUGAAGAAGGUUAGGUAG